AUGUCUGAAACUACUACUGUAUCUGAGCCCAAGGCGAGAACCGUGACCCUACACAACGGAACAGUCUUCAGCUUCAACUCAAACACCUCGACAAGCCUGGAGAAGAUUCCAGUCAUUGAUGCGUCAGGAAUAUGGAGCGACGAAUUAGAGGAUCGCAUGGCAGUAGCCCAAGAAAUUAGAGAGGCCUCCAGGAACAUUGGUUUCUUCUACUUGAUCAACCACGGUAUUGACCAAAAUUUGGCAGACAUAACCAUGGCGGAAGCCAAGCGCUUUUUUGACUUGCCGGUGGAGAAGAAGAUGGAGGUGUUUACAGGCCUCGUGCCCAAUGAGUAUGUCGGUUUCCAUCCAAUGGAAUGCUACAACCGCAACGGAUGGAAGCAUCAAGACUUGAGUGAAGCUUUCAACUGGGCCUACGACGCGGAGAAAGAUCCCGAGGCGGUGGACAAGACGGAGAAGUCCGUCAGCAUCUGGCCUACUGACUUGCCUGGUUUCCGGGACAACCUCUACGCGUAUCACACGGAGCUCCUCCGGCUCUCGCGCCGGCUAACUCGCAUCUUUGCACUCGCUCUCCACCUGCCAGAAGAUUAUUUUGACAAAUACGUCAAGCGACCGGAGGCGGGGAUGCGCAUUCUUCACUACCCGGAGCAGAAGCACUCGGUAGACGAGCAGAACGGUAUCGGCGCGCAUACUGACGUGGAGUGUUUCACCAUUGUCACUCAGGAUAGCUCCGGUGGCCUCGAGGUUCUUAGCAAGUCCGGCAACUGGGUCAAGGCGGAUCCUAUGCCAGGGUCUUUCGUCGUCAACAUUGCCGAUUGCUUCAUGCGACAAACAAACGACUUCUUUGUGUCGACGAUUCACCGGGUCAUUAACAAGAGCGGUAAGGAGAGGUACUCGGCUCCGUUCUUCUUUGGGUUUGACAGAGAAAAGGUCUUGGAGCCUGUGCCAACGUGCGUGAGCGAGGAGAAUCCCAUGAAGUACCCCGUCAUGACCGGGGGAGAAUACUAUGCCUGGCGUACGAACAGACAGAAAAAGACAAGUACUGUGACAUCGAAGGGAGAGCAGUAA